AGAAAACAGAAAAAAAUGGCAGGUGGUGUUAGGAGGAUUAAACUGGGUUCUCAAGGUCUUGAAGUUUCUGCUCAAGGUCUAGGAUGCAUGGGAAUGUCUGCAUUUUAUGGACCUCCUAAACCAGAGGAAGACAUGAUUAAAGUUAUCCGCCAUGCUAUCAGUUCCGGAAUCACCUUCUUCGAUACCUCUGAUGCGUAUGGACCUCAUACCAACGAGAUUCUUCUUGGCAAGGCACUUAAAGGGGGAUGGAGAGAAAAAGUGGAAUUGGCUACCAAAUUUGGCAUCAACAACCAUAUUGUAGAUACAAAUUUGGUAGUUCGGGGUGAUCCUGCAUAUGUUAGGGCAGCCUGUGAAGAAAGCUUGAAGCGCCUUGAUGUCCAUUGUAUCGACCUUUAUUAUCAGCAUCGUGUUGAUACCAAUGUUCCCAUUGAAGUCACGAUGGGAGAACUCAAGAAGCUGGUUGAAGAGGGUAAAAUUAAGUACAUUGGUCUCUCUGAAGCAUCUGCAUCGACUAUCAGACGAGCGCAUGCAGUUCAUCCAAUAACAGCUAUUCAGUUGGAAUGGUCCUUGUGGACUAGAGAUGUAGAGGAAAUUAUAGUCCCUACUUGCAGGGAACUCGGGAUUGGAAUUGUAACAUACAGUCCUCUAGGAAGGGGAUUUCUUUCUUCAGGGCCAAAAUUGGUGGAAAAUCUUACUAAGGAAGACUCUCGACGAGUGUUCUUUCCAAGAUUCAAGGCAGAGAAUAUUGAGCAUAACGCACACAUCUUCGAGCGUGUGGCUGAUAUUGCAACCAAAAAAGGAUGUACACCAGCACAAUUAGCACUUGCUUGGGUUCAUCACCAAGGAGAUGAUGUGUGUCCCAUCCCCGGAACCACCAAGAUCGAGAACCUCGAUCAGAACAUCGGCGCGUUGUCUGUGGAGCUGACGCCUGAGGAUAUGACAGAGCUUGAAUCACUUGCAUCUGAAGACAGUGUUAAAGGUGAUCGGUAUGUAGCUGAAGUCGCUACUUGGAAGACCUUAGAUACUCCACCUUUGUCCUCAUGGAAAGAGGGGAAAAUCAAGUACAUUGGUCUAUCUGAAGCAUCAGCGUCAACCAUCAGAAGAGCACAUGCAGUCCACCCCAUAACAGCAGUCCAACUAGAAUGGUCUUUGUGGACAAGAGAUGUGGAGGAAGACAUCAUUCCUACCUGCAGGGAACUCGGUAUUGGAAUUGUGGCAUACAGUCCUCUGGGAAGGGGUUUUCUCUCUUCAGGGCCCAAGAUGACUGAGAACUUUGUGAAGGAGGACUUCCGGCAGCACUUGCCAAGGUUCAAGCCGGAAAAUCUUGAGCAUAACAAGCUCAUAUUCGAGCAGGUCAGUGCAAUAGCUACCCGGAAAGGAUGCACCCCAGCCCAAUUAGCGCUUGCUUGGGUCCAUCACCAAGGAGAUGAUGUGUGCCCCAUCCCUGGAACCACUAAGAUCGAGAACCUCAACCAGAACAUCGGAGCCUUGUCUGUAAAGCUAACUCCAGAAGAAAUGGCCGAGUUAGAAUCUCUUGCGUCUGAAGACAGUGUCAAGGGUGAUCGCUAUGGAGGUCUUUCAUCUACAUGGAAGAAUUCAGAAACCCCACCUUUAUCCUCAUGGAAACCUGAAUGAAGAUGGUGAAUCCUAUUUUCUUCUUGUUCGUGUCAUGUUUUUCUCACUGACUACUGUAUAAGAGUUGUUUCUGUCAUAAACAUCAAUACGUUUCCUUUUUUUUUUCUUUUCUUUUUUCUACCAGUUAUGUGAGCCUUUUGGUUUCUACUUAAAGUUGUAUCAAUAUAUUUUACCUCAAUAAAGAUGAGUAAAUCUUCAUGAAA